AUGCAACACACUUAGGUACCUUAAAAAGCAACUUAGCAAUAAUAGUAAACAUUAGAAGAAUUUUCUGGAUUAUUAGACAAAUAUAGAAACAAUCCUAAUGCUUUAUCUUAAAUUUAUAAAAUUAUGAACUACAAACCAACACCAUAGAAUUAAGAGUCUAAUUUGAUUGAUAAUGAAACUAUGAAAGAAUUCUUAAAAGUAAAUAAAGGAACAUCAGAAUUUGAUCUUUACGACGAUAUAUUAUAUUAUGAUGAAAAUAAAAUAAGAGAAGUUGUAUUACGCUAAAAUUUUCUGAUUUCCAAGGGUUAUUUUGAUCCUAAGAAAUACUUUCCUUCAAUAUAAAUAAAUGAUUUAGAAGAUACUUAAUUCGAUUAAAAAAUAAAAGAUAUGCUUCACAAUAACCAUAAUCCUCAAAAUUGA